AAGGGAGGCGCGCCUACGGCGGAAGGACUACGGAAGCCGGGGCGGCCGGGAGGGGGCGUGCCUGGUCGCGUGACAGGGCGCGCGUGUGUGUGGCUGAGGGGAAGCGGCGUCCUCCUGAGGCAGAGCAACGGCUCUCGCCAAGAUGGCGGACGAGGCCAGCGAGGGGCUUCCGCGCUCCGUCCUGCCGGGCCCCCUGCGGGGCGGCGGCGGUGGAGGCGGGGGCGGCGGAGGAGGAGGAGGUUCGGGCUCUGGCUCCGGCUCCUCGGGGGCCCCGCCUGCCUCGGCGUCGUCCUCGGCGGGCCCCGCCGCGGCCGGCGGUCCUCCUCCCCCUCCGUCGGGGCCUCGCGUGGUGCGCAUCGUCAAGUCCGAGUCGGGCUACGGGUUCAACGUUCGCGGGCAAGUGAGCGAGGGCGGGCAGCUGCGCAGCAUCAACGGGGAGCUCUACGCGCCGCUGCAGCACGUCAGCGCCGUCCUGGGCGGGGGGGCGGCCGAGCGCGCCGGGGUCCGCAAGGGGGACCGCAUCCUCGAGGUGAAUGGCGUGAACGUUGAAGGGGCAACGCACAAGCAGGUGGUGGACUUGAUCCGGGCGGGCGAGAAGGAGCUGAUCCUGACAGUGUUGUCGGUGCCGCUGCACGAGGCUGAGAACCUCGACCCGAGCGACGACUCGCUGGGCCAGUCGUUCUAUGACUACACGGAGAAGCAGGCCGUCCCCAUCUCCAUCCCCACCUACAAGCACGUGGAACAGAAUGGUGAGAAGUUUGUGGUUUAUAAUGUUUACAUGGCGGGCCGACAGUUGUGUUCGAAGAGAUACCGCGAGUUUGCCAUUCUGCACCAGAACCUGAAGCGAGAGUUUGCCAACUUCACCUUUCCCCGUCUGCCAGGCAAAUGGCCAUUCUCGUUAUCGGAACAGCAGCUGGACGCCAGGCGGCGGGGGCUUGAGGAAUACCUUGAGAAGGUGUGUUCCAUCCGGGUCAUUGGGGAGAGUGACAUCAUGCAAGAGUUCUUGUCUGAAUCGGAUGAGAACUACAAUGGUGUGUCAGACGUGGAGCUCAGAGUGGCACUUCCAGACAUCACGACAGUGACCAUCCGUGUCAAAAAGAACAGCACCACGGACCAGGUGUACCAGGCCGUGGCUGCCAAAGUCGGGAUGGACAGCACGACUGCAAACUACUUCGCCUUGUUUGAAGUGAUCAAUCACUCCUUUGUGCGGAAGCUGGCGCCCAACGAGUUCCCUCACAAGCUCUACGUGCAGAACUACACCUCGGCUGUGCCCGGGACCUGUCUGACGAUCAGGAAGUGGCUCUUCACCACAGAAGAGGAAGUCCUCCUGAACGACAAUGACCUGGCGGUGACUUACUUCUUCCAUCAAGCUGUUGAUGAUGUGAAGAAAGGGUACAUCAAAGCCGAGGAGAAGUCCUAUCAGCUGCAGAAGCUCUGUGAGCAGAGGAAGAUGGUGAUGUACCUGAACAUGUUGCGGACCUGUGAGGGUUACAACGAGAUCAUCUUCCCACACUGCUCGUGCGACUCGCGCCGGAAAGGCCAUGUGAUCACAGCCAUCAGCAUAAAGCACUUUAAACUCCAUGCCUGCACCGAAGAGGGCCAACUAGAGAACCAGGUAAUAGCCUUUGAAUGGGACGAGAUGCAGCGAUGGGACACAGACGAGGAAGGCAUGGCUUUCUGCUUUGAAUACGCACGCGGGGAAAAGAAGCCACGAUGGGUUAAAAUCUUCACCCCUUACUUCAACUACAUGCACGAGUGUUUCGAGCGGGUUUUCUGCGAGCUCAAGUGGCGGAAAGAGGUGGAGGAGGAAGCCACAGACAAGGAUAACAAGAACUGCAGUAAAGACAAUAUGUGCAGCAAGAACAUCUUUCAGGUGAUGCGGACACAGCACAGAGACAUUACGACUUAAGCCUCCGGCCGCCACGGACAAAAAAACACGUAUUCUCCCUUCCCCGCCCCAUGAAAAUUAACACUUUAAAAAAAAAAACCCACAAAAAAAAACAAAGAGGGGGAAAUGGUUUGUUGUAUUAAAGCCCUGACACUAAAUAUUAAUGAUACCAUUUGUGAAUUUCAUGUUAAGCAACCCGGGGCAGGGAAAACCAGCAGAGCUGUCGGCAACAAGGGGUUGGAGGAGUUGGGGGGGGGGGCGGGCGUCAAUUUUGCUUUCCAACAAAAAUUGUGGUUUCUUCUGGUUUGUCCCCCUUCCUGUUGUUCAGAGAUGGACUAUGCUGAGAUUAUUUUUUUUUUUUUUUUUGGUCUCUUUGUUUUUGUUAUUUUUACAACUGGAUAUAGAGAUGUACACCCAUGUGCACUGUUCGGACAUAUAUAUGUAUGUAUGUAAAAAAAAUUAUAUAUACAAACUAUCACGCACGUAUAUACAUAUAUAUAAUUUUCAUAUCGGCGGCCGUUAACCCCCUUUGGAACGCUUUUGUUUUUUUACACGGAGUUGUCCUCCUUCCCGGAUUUGUCGUGUCAUUAUUUUGUAAAGAUCUAGAACCCAGAAGAGGAAGAGGAGAAAAGAAACCGCAUUAAAGGAACUGCCUUUCUCUGCGUGUAGGAAUUUGCUGGAGCUGAACGAAAUGUUGAAUGUCCUCCGAAUCCUAAAUUCUGAAAUCUUGCAGUUUGAAUGUCAAACUCCUGCUGUGAAGGCUUGGAAAUAUUCGCGCCGCAGCUUGACAGAACACGUGUUCUGUCUGAAUUUGAUGAGCCAAAUGUGAAUUUUUUUUUGCAGUUGUGAAACUCCAAUUUAAGGUGGUUCGUUUUUAAAAAGGACAAGAUUUCCUUUCAGCUCUGGUCUCCUGCCACCUUCCGUGCUUUAAACUUUGGUCCCCGUCCCCCCCGCAUUGGAGCUCUUUGACUGUUUUUGCAUUCUUGUAUUUCAAGAGUCAGCGCUUGGGAAGAAGCGGAGGCAUUUUCUCCUCUUGAGUAGGCGGAUGUCAUCACAGUGUAGCAAGCUUGCACGGAGCAGUCGAAGAGCCCUGGCUGCAUAUGAAUGGGAGAUGCUCUGGGAAGAGCAGAAGGUUUCAAGUUCCUUCCCUGGCAGCUUCUCCAAGAUCAGGCAGAGAGAGAUUCCUGCCUGCAACCUUGGAGAAGCUGCUGCCAGUCUGUGUAGACAAUACUGAGCUAGAUAGACCAAUGGCCUGACUCAGUAUAUGGCAGCUUCCUAUGUACCGUUUGCUUUGCACGCAGGAGGUCCCGGGUUCAGUCUCCACGGUCUUGAGUGAGAAAGAGCUCUUUGGGUUCGCUGCUGGUCCAAGGUGAGACGAGGCUAAAUGGGCCCCUACUCUAACCCAGGGGUGGGCCAGCGUGGCCCUCCCACUUGUGUCUGGACUACAACUCCCAUCACCCCCUGCCACAAAAAUACACUGUGGGUGGGGAACAUGGGAGUUGUAGCCCAACAUCUGGAGGGCCAAGCUUGCCGCCCCCCCCCCCCAAAUUCUCUAACCCUAACCUAAGGCAGCUCUGGAUGUUCAUCAAUGCACAUGUCAGCACCAGGCUGCAUAGAAACGGAAGUGCUGCCCCUCAUGUGGGGAAAUGGGGCGGUGGGGGGGGGAGCCAGAUACGUCUGGGGCUAACAGGGAACUGGCUCCCCGGGACCCCUUCUUCCUGGCUUUGGCUAGUGCUGGGAGAUUGAUUCUGGGUCUCCCCCCUUCCUUGAGAGUAGACCAGUGCUGUUCAGCAGGGUGGAAGCCAAAGUGAGGGCAGGCAGAAAGUGGUAGCCUUGGGCCGCCUGGUCCGACAGGCUGGCUAAUAGAAGCACACCAGGUUCAUUCUGUGGUUGGGGCUGAGUCCUGGAGCACGUGAAGCAAAGAGUGUCUCCAAGUAGGGUGUAUAUAUAUUAAAAAAUCCAACAAUGUUAAGAAUGUCCCUGCUGGAUCAGACCAAAUCUCCACCUGGUCUGGUAUUCUGGUUGUCACAUUGGCCAGCCAGAUAACUCUGGGAAGCUUAGGAACAGGGUGUGAAGGCAACAGCCCUUGAGUUUAUCCUUAGCGUCUGCUGCUCGGAGGUAUACUGCACCUGGACACAGAGGCUCCAUUUAGCUACGAUGGCUACUGGCCAUUGAUAGACCUCCUCCUCCUCCAUUCCUUUCAAAGCUAUCCCCAUUUAAGAGCAGUGGCCAUCACCGCACCUUGUAGCAGAGAGUUCCGCAAGCUGCCGCUGUGUUGCAUACCCACACCCAAGGCUUGCUUUGCAGCAGAAAUGGUGCGUGAGGCGAUCCUGCUCUGCAGCCAGCUGCUGCUGGGCCAACCUUUUUGGGUUUGGGGGCUUGAAGUGAGAAAUCAGUUUCAUGGCAUGCUUUCCCCCACAACUGGUCUGUCACGCCAGCAAGCCGUGGGUCUCCUGCCAGCACCGGCCAUUGUUCCCCGCGAUACCUUUGCAGCCGCUGUUCUCCAAGGGGAGGGAUCUCAGCGGCCCGCCUGCCUCUCCGUAGCCAAGUUCUGCUGCUGGAUCCUGCAAAGGGCCAAUGGAGAGGGGUAGCGCUCUGGAGAGACAGACCCACUGCAUGUCCAGCCAUUCAGCCUGUCUUAUAUUUUUUAAUCUUUAUUUAUUAACAUAUUUUCAUGCCGCCCAAAACUUACGUCUCUGGGCGGUUUACGACAAAAUCCCCCAGUCUCAGGUUUUCUGGAGGAAUUCCGUACCUCCUUAAUUCCUCCGGUGUUUGCCUCAUCUCCUCACCCGCCCAGUGAGAAGGCUCUGAGGAUCUAUAUAACUUGGCGGCAGAGCUUCUGCUUUGCAUGCAAAAGGUCUCUGGCUCACCCCUGUGUGUCAGGUUUUUAAUAGCAUGGCUCGAAAAGACCCCAGCCCUGCAGCUGUGGAGAGCUGCUGUGAGCUCCUUGCCUGGCAACGCUCAAAAUAAUCUUUCUAGCUUCCCAGAUGCCUCCGGGAAGCCCGGGGGCAGCAGGACCCCUCUCUUGCCACUUCCUCCCAGCAUGUGAUGCUCUGAGGUAGACUGGCCCUGAUCUUGGAGGUUCCAUCUAGCUCUUAUGCCAGUUCUCCUCCUGCUCUUCCAGGAAUUUACGCGAUCCCCUUUCAUCAGAACCUAAGACAUGUCUUCUUGCUGGAUCAGGCCCAAGGAGGCCUAUCUAGUCCAGCAUCCUGUUUCACACAGUGGGCCAGCGGAUGCCUCUGGGGGGAGCCCACAGGCUUCCAAAGCCCUUUCAAACAGUGGCCAUCACCACAACUGGCAGCCAGCCAGUUCAAUGCUUUGUUGGAAGAACAACUUCUGUGUGUGAGAGAGAGAGAGAACGAGAAUGGGGCAGGGGGAGGAAAUUAGAAGCCGCACACAGCAGGUUGUGUGAUCUCGCAAGUGCAGAAAUUCAGUGUCUGGCAGCCUCGCUCUUCUAGCUCAUUAAGAAUCUCAGCAGUAGGGUAGAAAGUGCUCUAGCAACUCAGGAUGUCAGCAGGUGGUGAGCUUUUGGGCAGGUGCACCUCUCUCUCUCUGCUGUUGAUGUGAUGUUCCUGACAUCAGAAAAAAAAAGUGCUAACGGUCUUCCAAGACUGUACCACUUCAGGGGGCGGCCCCUCUCCCUGAAAACCGGACUCUUCCCUGCAUGUAGAAAACUAGAAUUUGCGGUGCCUUGCCCCGAAGUGGCGUCUUUCUACAUGCAGGGUGUGUGUCUGGUCUGGCGGAACAUUCAGACCUGUGGCCGCCCGGGAGCCCAGGUGGACUCUCGCACCACAGUAGCUUGGCUGUUCCUUGCCAGUUGGCCAGAAGGACUUGCCUGUGCCUGGUGUGUGGUGAGAAGCUCAGCUGUCUGGGCUGCAGGAAAAGCCCUGCUGCGUGACUUCCCCAGAUGUGCCCAGCCUGCCGGAUCAUGGCGUCUGCAGCUGCUGGCCACUCCGCCCUCCCUCCCUUGCUGCUCAGGGCGUGCAAACUGGGAUGAAACCCAUCCAGUGUGCGGAAACGCGGAUGCCUUCUGCCUCGAUUGCCCUUGGUACCCACUCCCCGCCCCCCUUCUCCCUCUCUGCUUCGGAGACCGGCACGGGGGAUUUAAAAGGCCCCCUUCCCUGCUAACUUUGCCUGCCUCUCCGUUUCCAGGCUGGUGGCUCGGCUGCUUAUCUUCCUUUAAAUUAAGGGAUUGCUCACAAAGCCAUCCCCACCGGCAACGAAACAUGGCAUGUAAGCUAAGCGGGACUUUAAAGUGGGUCAGAGUGUGUGUGUGUGUGUGUGUGUGUGUGUGUGUGUGUGUGUGUGUGUGUGUGUGUGUGUAAGCGGGACUUUAAAGUGGGUCAGAGUCUGUGUGUGUGUGUGUGUGUGUGUGUGGUGUGCUUCAGAUUUGAAUAUUCAGGAGCAGUGAUUGAUGGGGAGGUUAUUCUUGGCAGCCGUAACAGGAUGAACCUCCUGAUCGGGGUGGGGCUUUGUGAGAGUGGGGAGUGGGGGCAUAUGGGUCAGCAACUGGUGGCCCCUGAGUCGCAUCUGGCCCCUUGUGGGGGGCUCUCGUUGGCCCCCAGGCCACAUCUGGGCCCAGGUGCCUCCCACUUCGGGAUGCCCAAGGCGAGAGGAUUAUAUAGAAAGAGCCGCAGCUGUGGCACCCAUUGGCAGCCUGCUUUCUGUGAUGCUAGGGGGUGAGGGUGGGCCCUGAGUGUGGGUCACCUGCCGUCCCCAGGGGGGCAACCCCAGGGGAACGGAACGCUGCACUGUACCCCAUUCUGUGCAUGGUUGGUUCCUGCGCCCCACACAAUUGCAUCCAGGGGUCCCCAGCAAAGAUUUCUCAGGCCCCUCCCACCCAUGGGGCUUCCUUCUGCCGAGGCUUUUUGAGCUGCCUGCACGGAGCGUUUUCGGCCCCCUGCCCUCUCCGUGGCCCACCCUGACUGGCAGCGGCCCGCCAGGGUGUCAGGCUCAGAGGUCUUUCCCAGCCCUACCGGGAGGUGCUGCCAGGCACUGAAACUGGGGCCUUCCACUUGCCGAGCAGCGGCCCCACUGCCAUCCCCGGUGGUUGGGAAAGGCCUCUGCCGGAGAUCCCAGCAAACCCUCCUGGCCGGGAGGGGUUGGCGGUCCAGCUCAGUUCCCGACCUCCCUGCAAGCCCCUCUCUCCCACUCUGAACCAGUCAAGUGCUGUCACGUGGCCUCUGCGUAAGGAACCCCUGCUUGGUGCGUCUCUGCCCGUUGCCCGCCAGCCUGCUUUGGUUCAGAGCCCCUGUUGAAUGGCUGCCUGUGGUUGGAGUGAGGGGUGUGUGCUUGAGAGCCAACAGCCUGGCGAAUGCAGUGCUUGCCGCCCCCGCCCGAUUGCAUGUGGGGCCACAUUCCGCCCCCUGCUCCUCACCCUGGGAUGACACCUGUGCAAACGGAAAGGAUUUUUGCCAUAAAAGGAAAGUACCUGUCCUCUUAUGACAGCAGUAGCCAUUUAUAGGGGGGGAUAUCUCUUUAUUUCGUGUCCUGGUUCUCUUUUCCUUCGUCAGGUUCUCUUAAGUGUGGGUUUUGGCCCUACCAGCGAGGCUGCUGAAAACCUUUUCCAGCCCAGCCCUCUCUGAUUAUUGCCUUCGUUUAGAAAGGAGAGGGGAAAGCAUUAUUUUUUAUUGGCUCUGGCCAACCACUUACAUACCCAGAUGCCACUUGUGCAUCUCUUUUCUUUUUUAAUUUAUUCGAGAUGACUCUAAUUGUAAUUUUCAUUGCAGUAUCUUGUAUUUUUAUUUGCGAUUUCAAGAAAUGUGAAGAAAAAAUAGAGGUGGGGUGUGGGGUGGUGGUGUCAAAAGACAGUUUCCAACAGUGUUGCAUUCUUCAUUUUCUUUAGAGCUAACCACUCUAAAAUUUGUUUGGUAAAAGUCAAUUAGUGUAACUAAUUGUAACAUAUUCUUUUAAAUAAAUUGAUUUAUUGAUGAAAUA